AUGACUAUAGAACAACGUAAGAAAGAGGAAGAACAUGAUCAAGACAUGGCAUACUUGAAGACGCAGAUGGAUUUGUUGACCAAGCACUUAUUAUCUGCAAAGACUGAAAAAGUAAAAGCUGUUACAUCCCAAGGACGUCCUGUGGGCAAGCCUAUAGUUGAUAUAGUAGUAGAUGAUAUUAAGGAAGUAGAGAUUGUUCAUUUGGUAGAGUCUGAGAAAUCGGAUGAGGUUAUUGAUAAUGCACCAUCCAAUAGUCAUCAGGUUGAUGAGUUGGAGAAAAAUAAGGGAAAGAAGGCUAAACUGGUGGUUACCAGUCUUCCAAAACUACCUCCUCCAUUUCCCCAUCAGUUGAAGAAGAAGGCUGACAACACUAAGUUCGGUAAAUUCAUGGCUAUGCUUAAGCAAUUGAUGAUUAAUCUGCCAUUGGCGGAGGCAUUGGAGCAAAUACCCAGGAAUGUAAAGUUCAUGAAAGAUCUCAUCAUGACAAAGCGGUCAGUUAGUUUUGAGCUAAUGGACAAUCUCCAUUAUUGUGGUGCUAUUUUCACAAGGUCUCUGGUGCAGAAAAAGGCAGAUCUGGGAGCAUUUACUAUCCCAUGCACUAUUAAACCUCUUGACUUUGCAAAAGCCUUAUGUGAUCUAGGAGAGAGUAUUAAUCUGAUGCCGCUAGCUGUUUAUAAGAAGUUAGGUUUGGGAGACCUCACACCUACCAACAUGUGA